AUGAUAUUUCAUUUCUCUCCGAUAUCACCGCUCCUCUCACUCGCUUCUUCCUCUUUCACUUCUCUUUGCCUCCGCGCCUUCCUUCGCUCUUCCCCUAAAUUCCCUUCAAGCCCUCCUUUUCCUCAAACCCGCCUCUCCCUUGCAUGCCACCUCUCCACCGGCGGCAGCCUUCGCAUGGACUCGCCUUCACCCGACCCCCCUUCUUCCCUCUCCGUCGACUCUAUAGCCGAGGGUUUGAAAAAUCAAAGCUUAACAGAGCGAGAUAAUGAUAAUAUCAACAACAAAAUUAAAAACAAAAAUGUCAAAUUAGGCCUUGAAGAUCUGAAUUGGGACCAUUCCUUCGUUAGAGAGCUCCCUGGUGACCCUAGAAGUGAUUCAAUACCACGUCAGGUUUUACACGCCUGUUAUACGAAAGUUUUGCCAUCAGCUGAAGUAGAGAAUCCAAAGCUUGUUGCCUGGUCAGACUCAGUGGCUGAUUUGCUUGAUUUGAAUCCUAAAGAAUUUGAAAGACCAGAUUUUCCCCUUAAAUUUUCUGGGGCUUCUCCUUUGGCUGGAGCGGUGCCAUAUGCUCAAUGCUAUGGUGGGCAUCAAUUUGGAAUGUGGGCUGGUCAGCUGGGUGACGGCCGUGCAAUUACUCUUGGGGAGAUUCUAAAUUCUAAGUUAGAAAGGUGGGAAUUGCAGCUUAAAGGAGCUGGGAAGACCCCAUACAGUCGAUUUGCAGAUGGGCUUGCAGUCUUGCGAAGUAGCAUCCGCGAAUUUCUUUGCAGUGAAGCAAUGCAUUUUCUAGGAAUCCCAACUACACGUGCCCUUUGUCUUGUGACUACUGGAAAAUUUGUAACUCGAGACAUGUUCUAUGAUGGCAAUCCAAAGGAAGAACCUGGUGCAGUUGUUUGCAGAGUUGCCCAGUCCUUCCUGCGGUUUGGUUCAUUCCAGAUACAUGCUUCUAGGGGAGAAGAGGACCUUGGCAUUGUUCGUGGUUUGGCGGACUAUGCCAUCAGACAUCACUUCCCUCAUAUCGAGAACAUAAGUAAAAGUGAGAGCUUGUCUUUUAGCACAGGUGAUGAUGAUCAUUCAGUUGUGGAUUUGACUUCAAACAAGUAUGCAGCAUGGAUAGUGGAGGUUGGUGAGCGGACUGCUUCUUUGGUUGCAAGAUGGCAGGGAGUUGGCUUUACUCAUGGUGUUCUGAACACUGACAACAUGAGCAUUUUGGGUCUCACCAUUGAUUAUGGUCCAUUUGGAUUUUUGGAUGCUUUUGACCCAAGUUACACACCAAAUACUACAGAUCUUCCUGGGAGAAGAUACUGUUUUGCAAAUCAGCCUGAUAUUGGCUUAUGGAAUAUUGCACAAUUUGCCUCAACUUUGAUGGCUGCACAUUUGAUAAAUGAUAAAGAAGCAAACUAUGCUAUGGAAAGGUAUGGGACAAAAUUUAUGGAUGAUUACCAAGCUAUAAUGAGCCAAAAGCUUGGCCUCCAAAAAUACAAUAAACAGCUUGUCAAUAGACUUCUUAAUAAUUUGGCUGUUGAUAAAGUGGAUUACACGAAUUUCUUUCGGUCACUUUCCAAUAUCAAAGCAGAUCCUGGUAUUCCAGAAGAUGAGUUAUUGGUGCCACUGAAGGCUGUUCUGCUAGAUAUUGGCAAGGAACGCAAGGAGGCAUGGGUCAGUUGGGUUCAAUCCUAUAUACAAGAGCUUGUUGCCAGUGGCAUCUCAGACGAGGAGAGGAAAACUUCAAUGAACUCAGUGAACCCUAAAUAUGUUCUCAGGAACUAUCUUUGUCAGAGUGCUAUUGAUGCAGCUGAACUUGGUGACUUUGGAGAGGUGCGAAGGCUGCUAAAAGUAAUGGAGCGGCCAUAUGAUGAGCAACCGGGAAUGGAAAAAUACGCACGCUUGCCUCCAGCAUGGGCUUAUCGGCCUGGUGUUUGCAUGCUGUCUUGUUCUUCAUGAGUUCAUUAGUUGGCCAUGUUACACAAACUUAGAAAUACCAAAAAAAGGAAGAGUGCACCUUUGUAUAUAAUAGUGGAAAAGUUUUUUAUUUAGCUUUUCCUCCCCUUAUGCAAUAAAGUGUAGUAAUGCUUGUAUCCCAGUGGGGACAGCAUGCACUUCACUCUGUAAUGCGUAUCUAUGCUAUAGCCAUGGCAUCAGCUUCUUGUAUCUGUUGCCCAUUUGAUGUAAUGGUAUACUAGAGAAAAAAAGAAAAAAAAAAACCUACCAGGAAACCUUGACGCUCAAAGUGGGAGGCUCCAUUUACCCCCUCGUGGUUCUUUUCCAUCUUAAUCAUUGUCACAUUUGACUAUCCUA